AUGAAGACUUUGAACUCUGCCAUCUCUUCUCCGAAAGAAGCUAUUUCCGGCGCAAUAAAUUCACAAAAUUUGCAAACAGAAGUUCCUCCACAACCGCCUUCGCAUGUCUAUCCUCCUGGUUCUCAACCGCCUUCGCAUGUCUAUCCUCCUGGUUCUCAACCGCCUUCGCAUGUCUAUCCUCCUGGUUUUCAACCGCCUUCGCAAACCUAUUUCCAUGGUUAUCAAGCACAGAAUUUUCAGAAGCCUCUGAUUUCUUCUUUUCCAAACCCCUAUACUUUACAACCAGGAAACCAACAAAAUGCUAACACACACCUAUUACAUGCUGGUGGCUUCCCUUUUGGUGCCGGCAUUCCUGGCGUAUAA